GUGAUAUUAGAACAUUCUUUUUAAAGUGAAAGUGUCCAACUCCACUCGGUUAACAGACAUGUUUAGUUUGUCCGCCGCUUCUUCAGCCUCCACCGCCGCCGCGGCCGCCGCCGUUGUCAACACUGUCCAGCAGUCACUUUCAACCGUGCCCUCUGCUGUUCUCCGCAAACAAAGAACACCCGGUUCUUCUAUCUUCUGGGUUCAAGUCCAGACUGCUGCUGCUUCUUCUUCUCUGCGCUCCAGGUUUUGUCCCGUCAAAGCCAUGUCUCACCCUCAAACCCUCUCUGUUCCAACCGAUGACUCUCACUCUUCUGCUCCCGGGAAGAAGCAAGCUUUGUUAUCUUUGUCAGAUAAAAAGGAUUUGGCUGUACUUGGAACUGGGUUACAAGAACUGGGAUACACAAUUGUUUCAACUGGUGGAACGGCUACUGCUUUAGAAAAGGCUGGGGUUUCUGUAACUAAAGUGGAACAGCUCACCUCGUUCCCGGAAAUGCUUGAUGGCCGUGUAAAAACUUUACACCCCAACGUUCAUGGGGGUAUUCUUGCUAGAAGGGACCAAAAGCAUCAUAUGGAAGCUCUGAAUGAACAUGGAAUCGGUACAUUUGAUAUAGUCGUUGUGAACUUGUACCCUUUCUAUGAUAAAGUCACUUCUGCUGGAAGGAUUGCUUUUGAGGAUGGAAUUGAGAACAUUGAUAUUGGUGGCCCUACCAUGAUCAGAGCUGCUGCAAAGAAUCACAAGGAUGUUUUGGUUGUGGUUGAUUCCGAAGACUAUCCUGCACUCUUAGAAUUUCUUAAAGGAAACCAGGAUGAUGAACAGUUUCGGAGAAAACUUGCUUGGAAGGCUUUUCAGCAUGUUGCUUCUUACGAUUCUGCAGUUUCAGAGUGGCUGUGGAAACAGACUUCAGAAGAUAAAUUCCCGCCCAACUUAACAGUGCCCCUUUCACUGAAAAGUUCUCUUCGUUAUGGUGAAAAUCCGCACCAGAAGGCUGCAUUUUAUGUCGACAAGAGUCUUUCGGAGUUUAAUACUGGUGGUAUUGCAACAGCUAUUCAGCAUCACGGGAAGGAAAUGUCAUAUAAUAACUAUCUAGAUGCUGAUGCAGCUUGGAAUUGUGUAUCAGAAUUUAAGAAUCCUACAUGUGUAGUUGUGAAGCAUACAAAUCCCUGUGGAGUAGCAUCACGUGAUGAUAUCCUUGAAGCAUAUAGGUUAGCUGUGAAAGCAGAUCCAGUUAGCGCGUUCGGUGGUAUUGUUGCCUUCAACAUAGAAGUUGAUGAGGCUCUUGCUAAGGAAAUCCGAGAGUUUAGAAGUCCAACAGAUGGAGAAACUCGGAUGUUUUAUGAGAUUGUGGUUGCUCCCAAGUAUACUAAGAAGGGUCUUGAGAUUCUCUGUGGAAAAUCAAAAACUCUUAGGAUCCUUGAGGCAAACAAGAAUGAGAAGGGAAAGCUUUCGCUGAGACAAGUUGGCGGUGGCUGGUUAGCUCAGGAUUCAGAUGACGUAACUCCCCAAGAUAUCCAAUUCAACGUUGUUUCUGAUAAAACUCCAACAGAAAAUGAGCUUCAUGAUGCAGAAUUUGCAUGGCUGUGUGUCAAGCAUGUCAAGAGCAAUGCCAUUGUAAUAGUGAAGAAUAAUUGUAUGCUGGGUAUGGGAAGCGGGCAGCCAAAUCGUCUGGAGAGUUUAAGAAUAGCAAUGAGGAAGGCAGGAGAUGAGGUUAAAGGAGCUGCUCUAGCUAGUGACGCGUUCUUCCCAUUUGCAUGGAAAGAUGCCGUGGAAGAGGCAUGUGAGAGUGGAGUUGGCGUGAUCGCAGAGCCUGGUGGUAGCAUUAGAGAUAAGGACGCCAUAGACUGCUGUAACAAAUAUGGAGUUUCACUGCUCUUCACUAACGUGAGGCACUUCAGGCAUUGAAGCUGACUGACCUUCCUUUUCCAUUUUCGGAUCAAACCCUGUGCUUUCAAUCUCAGCACAAUUUGAGAAAGUGCGUGGUUUUGUCAUUAGAUAUUUAGGUUUUUGGCAUGAAAAAAACCCUUCUGGAUGUUGCAUAAGCUGGCAACCAUGUUGUGCCAUAAUAAUUUAUAUUCAGGGAACCACAGAUUUUGUGUUCAUGUUGAGUUUGUGAA